AUGCAGACAAUCAUGCGGCCGUCGACAUCAGACCAAGCGCCAAACCGGGCUCUCCAGUCAAAGCGGCAAAAGCUCACCCCUACUAUUGAUCCUAACAUGCUUAAGCCACUUAGUUGCUUUUCGGACAUUCUCAUUGAUAUGAAUAGCGAUGAUCCCAGCAUUCGAUCCCAUGCGGUCAGGCAGCUUACCGUAUUAUCGCCUUUAAUGCAACAGCUCACCUUGGCAAAGAAAAUCGCCGGCGUCCACUAUACUGCCAGGGAUUUCAAAAGUCUCGGAGACGCCUGCACUAUUCUAGGGAUCACACAUGACCCGAUGGAGCUGUGGAAUCGGCCAGAUGUCGAUAAAUCUCCUUCGGCUACCCUCUCUCCUGAUGUAGACAGUGUCAUUCACCGACUCCAAGUCUCGGAAUAUCACACAAUCGACAACUCUGAGGCUUCUGUGCGCGUUGUUGUUGAGCUACUUAUCCUUGACAGGCUCCACCACCUUUCUGAUAAAGGGUCGCUCGAACAUUUACAGCUCUAUCCGGAGGUGGACGUCAAUCUCCUUCGCGGUAAUAACUAUAUCACCGGCCGUGCCGACUGGUUACUUUGCCAUGACGAACCUCAAUAUGGCAUUGAUUCGGCGCUGAUUGCUAUAGAGGCUAAACGCAGUCGCGAGCUCUCCUCGGCCGAUAGCCAAAUAGCGACAUAUCUCGCAGCUAUACAGGACUGUCGGACUAAACUCCCAAAGAUUCAUGCUAUCUCUUUCGGAAUCACCACGGAUGGUACUAGAUAUCAGUUCUGGUUCUUGGACUCGGAACGGCAGCUGUCCUCAUCUGUGAUCUUAGACUGGCGUCUCGAUAAGGCUAAAAUCAUCGCAUGGAUCGACAAAAUGCUCGCCGACGCGAUUGAGGCCUCCCCACUAACAACGCCAACUCUGCGACGGAAUGUCUCUUUGCGUAACUGGGAGAAAGACUUCCGACGCCGUCGGCUUUUGAGUUCGGAAUCGGAAGACUCACCGUCAAUCGAGGGACUUCCGUUCGACAUUACGGUUCCAGAAUCGUCCCAGCUUAUCGGGCAUGCAUGGUACCAGGGACGAAAGGUCAUGGUGGUCGAAUAUGAUGCAGACGAGGAGCCAAGUGACAAUGAAGAAGAGGAUGAAGCGGUUUGA